AAAGAAAAGAAAAGAAAAAAAAACCGUAGCUAUCCGCAACAAACAUUGAACUGAAUAAACAAACAUCAUCAAUCACCAGCAGCAGAGUGAAGUAGAAGAAACAUUGAAGAAAUUCCGUGAAGACUUGUUGUUGUUGAAACGAUGACACUUGGUUUGAUGAAUGCCAAUCCUGUAGUUCACGCCAAGAAAGAGAGAAUCGCUCGUUCCGAACAACCCAACUCCGAUCAUUCCAUUCAUCCUCUCGAUAUUUAUGAUUUCGUGCGAGAUAUCAGGGAUCCCGAACAUCCUUAUUCUUUGGAACAGCUCAAUGUUCUGUCUGAGGAAUCAAUUUCUGUUGAUCACAAACUCGCUCGGAUUCUGAUAACUUUUACGCCAACGGUUCGACACUGUAGUAUGGUUACUGUCAUUGGUCUUUGUCUCAGACUUAAGCUCAAACAUCACUUCCCUCCUCAUUUCAAAGUGGACAUCAAAGUGUCUGAAGGAUCUCAUGCCGAUGAAGAAUCAGUCAAUAAGCAAUUAAAUGAUAAAGAAAGAAUUGCCGCUGCCUUAGAGAAUCCAAACCUGCGCCAGCUUGUGGAUGAGUGUCUCUACUCCAAUGAACUGUGAACAAGAACUAUCUGUGAAGACAUUAGCAGCUGAUGAACUAAAUAAAAUGUAACCUUUAAGUCUUUAGUUCUUUGGUUUUCAUAGGUUGUGGUAUCUAUCUAUGUAAAUUAAGUUAGAAAUCAUUAUGUCAUGUGUUUGCAUCUUUUAACUAUAGAUAUGCAUCUGUAUAUUUGGUUGUUUGCGAGUUAAACCCAGCUCUCAUACUCAAAAUUCAUGCCAAACUUUUGAGUUUGAUGUUGAAAGCAAGCAAAAAUGCUGUAGCAUUUAGUAGAGGUUUAAAUCGCCGCAGUAUGAAUUUUUCAACUGCCAUAAUUUACCUUA